AAACAAAGAAGACUUAAAAACCCUUCUCCCUGUCCUUUCCUACUUUCCCACCCCGAAUCCCAAGGAAUGGAAAAGGCGGAGGCUCAAGGCCUCGUCUAAGGGAGACGCUGGGAGGACGCUUGAGGAAGAAAUCUCGCGAUAGGAGGCCGGCCGGGGCGGGGGUGACACCUCUUCCCUCCUCCUCGCGUUAGUUCCGGUCGCAGAGGAGACACCGCCGCUGUUGCCGCCACAUCGGGGAUUUCUGGCUCUUUUCUCUUCGCCUUAAAGUCGGUGAGGCGCGACGCUCGCCUGUCCCGGGACGAGGGUGUCUUUUAUGAAUAAUCAAAAGCAGCAAAAGCCAACGCUAUCAGGCCAGCGUUUUAAAACCAGAAAAAGAGAUGAAAAAGAGAGGUUUGACCCUACUCAGUUUCAAGACUGUAUUAUUCAAGGCUUAACUGAAACUGGUACUGAUUUGGAAGCAGUAGCAAAGUUUCUUGAUGCUUCUGGAGCAAAACUUGAUUACCGCCGAUAUGCAGAAACACUCUUUGACAUUCUGGUGGCUGGCGGAAUGCUGGCCCCAGGUGGUACACUGGCAGAUGACAUGAUGCGUACAGAUGUCUGUGUGUUCGCAGCACAAGAAGACCUAGAAACCAUGCAAGCAUUUGCUCAGGUUUUUAACAAGUUAAUCAGGCGCUACAAAUACCUGGAGAAAGGUUUUGAAGAUGAGGUAAAAAAGCUGCUGCUGUUCUUAAAGGGUUUUUCAGAGUCGGAGAGGAACAAGCUGGCUAUGUUGACUGGUGUUCUUCUGGCUAAUGGAACACUUAAUGCAUCCAUUCUUAAUAGCCUUUAUAAUGAGAAUUUGGUUAAAGAAGGGGUUUCAGCAGCUUUUGCUGUAAAGCUCUUUAAAUCAUGGAUAAAUGAAAAGGACAUCAAUGCAGUAGCUGCAAGUCUUCGGAAAGUCAGCAUGGAUAACAGACUGAUGGAACUUUUUCCUGCCAAUAAACAAAGUGUUGAACACUUCACGAAGUAUUUUACUGAGGCAGGCUUGAAAGAACUUUCAGAAUAUGUUCGGAAUCAACAAACCAUAGGAGCUCGAAAGGAACUCCAGAAAGAACUUCAAGAACAGAUGUCCCGUGGUGAUCCAUUUAAGGAUAUAAUUUUGUAUGUCAAGGAGGAGAUGAAAAAAAACAACAUCCCAGAACCCGUUGUCAUUGGAAUAGUCUGGUCCAGCGUAAUGAGCACUGUGGAAUGGAACAAAAAGGAGGAGCUUGUAGCGGAGCAAGCCAUCAAGCACUUGAAGCAAUACAGCCCUCUACUUGCUGCCUUUACUACUCAAGGUCAGUCUGAGCUGACUCUGUUACUGAAGAUUCAGGAGUAUUGCUAUGACAACAUUCAUUUCAUGAAAGCCUUCCAGAAAAUAGUGGUGCUUUUUUAUAAAGCUGAAGUCCUGAGUGAAGAGCCCAUUCUGAAGUGGUAUAAAGAUGCUCAUGUUGCAAAGGGGAAAAGUGUCUUCCUUGAGCAAAUGAAAAAGUUUGUAGAGUGGCUCAAAAAUGCCGAAGAAGAAUCUGAGUCUGAAGCUGAAGAAGGUGACUGAAUUUUGAAACUACACCCUCAGUAAAGCAAACAGGAGUUGUAGAUAAAAUGUCAUGUCUCAUGUGUCCUGGUUCUUACAUCUUCCUACCUCCCUAUAUCAAGCAUGAUAUAAGGGCUUUCAUGGCAAAUUUUAUUUUAAAUGUUUCUAUGGUUACUGGAAAUGUUGGGUUUAGUUUCUAAAACCAUGUUUUAAGUAGCUACAGGAGCUAUAGAUUUGAAUCUAAUGUUGCAUUAGUCUUUUCAGUUAUCUUCUACCUCCUGUAUUUUCUACUGUAAUAAUGUAAUUUAAGGCCUUCCACAAUGAACAGUUCACUUUAUUCCCUGGGUUUUCUAUAUAAACAGUUUUCAAGAUAUGAUUUGGUUAAAAAUAAUUUGUUAUAAAAAUUCUGUUUGCAAAUUAAACUGUAAAAGUAUCCAAAGUCUCAAAAGGCAAUGAUUUGUGUGAUAAUUUAGUAUGCCCAAAGCCCUGCUCAUCAAUGAAAAUCUCAUAUACAGUAAUUGAAUUCAUUAACAUGAAUCUUGAGUAUUUGGACCGUUGCUUGCAUGUUGGUAUUUUCUUGCAUUUUUAACCCUGGAUGUCCUUGAGCUCAAUUGUUUGCUCUAUGGUUUUUAUUCUUUAGUAAAGCCAUGGAGAACAAGCUUGAAAGUGAGUUGUUUGGGAAAUUGUGUAUGACAGAGGUGGUGGGAAGAAGAAAGUUGAGCUUGUUCUCAUUAAAAACUUUUGCAUUCAGUUUGUAUCUUUCCAGGCAAAACCAAUGGAUAUUCUUUUCAUACAGCCAUUUUCAAAUGUACCUUAGAAAAAUCUUGUCAUUUAAAGUAUUUUACGCUUGUCAUGCACUUAGAUUGAAAGGAAAGGGACUCAUAAAAUAGUGUGCGUGCCUGCCUGGCUCAGUUAGAAGAGAGCAUGUGAAUCUUAAUCUCACCAUGGAUUCGAGCCUCACAUUGGGUGCAGAGAUUACUUUUUUAAAAAAAUAAAAAUAGUAUGAGUAAAGGAAGUGACUAUCAAAUCCCAGGAAGUUGUUAAAUAUUAAGUGGUCAGCAUGUUCUGAGACUCUAAAUGUAACUCAUUUCCUCUUGCCUUAGAGUAUUUGUUGUAAAGAAUGAAGUGCAAUGAUACAUUCCCACUUGAUCAUGUUGGAUCAACUUCAUUCUCUUGACAUCCUUUUAAAUAACUCAAGCAUCUGGCUAUUAACAAUACCCUAGUUUCCAUCUUUUUAAAUUGCCAUGAGCCAAAUAUCUCUUAUAUACAAGUGAUCCAUUUAUUUCAGUGGCUGCCUUUUAAUUUCCAUCUUUCUUUUCUUGCUGCUACCCGUAUAUAUAUUAUAUAUAUGUUAUAUAUAUAUAUAACAUUAUAUAUAUAUGUUAUAUAUAUGUAUAUAUAACAUAUAUAUAUAUAUAUAUAUAUAGUCAUUAGAAAACAAAAAAUGACCACCACUUUGGUGGAGAGACUUCAUAUUAAUAAAGUGAACAUUUUGAAAAGGUUUUUUUUUUGUUGGGAAAAGAAACCAACUUAGAAUGAUGCCACCACACUGAAUGGAAAUUGCCCCUUUCAAAGGUGCCGUUCUUAGGAGCCAAGAAUUCGGUGUUUAAAAGUUCAUCUUGAGGGAAUAUGUGUAAUAUAAUUUGAAGUAAAGGUGUAGUGACCUUAUGAAGAACAUAACUGAUACCAUUAUGAAUGGGGUGAAAUUGUUAAAGGAAUAACUUUGACAGUUUUAAUGCACAGGCAAAAUGUAUUCACUAGGUUUCUACAUAGUGAUCUGCUUUUACUUUGUAAUUUGUAGUCCUCAAAAGACUUUUUUUCAAAAAUAAUAAAGUCCAUCCUUACGCCUAGGUUAUAGGUCAGUCUUCUUUAGUUUUUUGUUGGUUUUUUUUUUUUUUGGUGUAUUCCAUGUUUAUACCUAGGAAUAGCUGUACGUUAUGCGUUCAGACAACGUCUCUACUGUGCAAGCAUUUAAUAAUCGUCCUUUUCAUCCUAUGAUUCCCUAACUAUAACACCCACACAGAAUUCCAGUGUAGCGGAAACUACAUUAAUAUUUCUAUAGCCAAACCAUUGCAUGUUACUGUCGUACAAAGUGUACCCUAUUUUAUUAUAUACUGUGUAUAGUGAAAGAGUGUGUAGUCUUCCAGAACUACAUUAUGAUCUUUGUCUGAUCAUAGUUUUUUUCUUCAUAAUGACAAAGUAGUAUUUACUUACUACAAUGUUACAGUAAAUGGAUAAGUCACCUGUGAUACUAUAAAGAAAGGGAAUGCUUCCUAAAGACUACAGAUUUCAUUUUGAAUUAUAAGUGGAAUUUUGGAACUUGGCUGCCAACGCCCACCUAUGGCCUCAAAUAUUUACUGCUUAAUCUAGAUGUUAAAAUUGUACUUGUAAUUAUAAUUGGAUAAUGUUAGCUGAUUUUCCUAACUUGGUGUCAGUUUCCAAGGAUAAGUCGUCUUUUAAGUGCCAUAAUUAAAUAUGCUUAGAGCUGAUCCUAAGUUUCUUAAUUAUUCUGGGAGUAUUGUCCUAGAGAUAUUUGUUUGUUCUUACGAAAACUCCAAAUACAAAAAUGCCACAGGAAAUUUUGACAUAGCAUAGUGAUGGUGGGGAGAGGAAAUGCGUGUGACUAAGAGAUGUAUCUGUGUUGUACAUGAAAAAGAAUAAGGGUGAUUGGGGGGGGAGCACUUCUCGGGUGGUAUCACCCCUAUUGUGACCUAAUGUAUCUUUUUAAAGGGGAGGGGACCUGAAGAUAAACAUUUUCAUUGGCAGAUAUAUCUUUAUGUAUAUCCAUAUCCUGAGGCAGUAUUUUAAUCAUUUCCCAUUGGUUUUGAAGAUUUUAACAGAUUGUUGAUUGUAACUGUAUCAUAAGUAGAAUCAUUUGGAAUUCUAAUCUAUAAAAAUCAAUUAAAACCCUGUGUAGCAGUUUAUAAUUAAAGUUGCUAGGCAUAACGCUUAGAUAAUGGUAUUGAAAUUUUACUGAUGAAACUACAGGAGAUUCAGGAAAUGACAGAACUGUUGGUUGGCUUUAAGUGUAACAGAUGCCAAAAUUUUAGUGUGCAGUAUUACUUGGACUACUGAAUGACCUUUGUAAAAAUUUUCCUCAGAUGCUAUUUACAGGUGCCAUGUGAAAUAGGUAAAGCAUUUGUGAGAGUUCUGGUAAACUGCCUUGCUAUGAUUUCUUUAUGUAAAGUAGUAAGUAGUCCUUUAGUAUUGAUAUAAAGUGUUUCUGUUUACCAGCUUACUGAGGCCUAAAGGUUUAAAAUAUAAUUAAAUAAUAGGUUGUUCAGUGGGCUUUAUUUAGGUGGACUCUAGUAGAUGUGAUAAGUACUUUUAAAAACGAAUUGCAGUGGAUAUGAGCUAAACCCAAUCUUUUUUUUUUUAAUGUUGUAUUUUUAUUUAUUUUGAGAGAGGGAGAGGAUCUCAAGCAGGCUCCACAUUGUCCACGCAUUGAGCCUGACGUGGGGUUCAAUCUCACAAACCGUGAGAUCAUGACCUGACCCGAAAAAUGAAGAGUCAGCCUCUUGACCAACUGGGCCACCCAGGCACCCCUGACCUAAACCCAGUCUUACCCAUACAGUUAUACAUAAUUACGAAACUUGGUGUGGAUCAGAAAGGUUUCCCAACCCCCUUUCCUUCCCUACUUUCCCUCCCCUGUUUUAACUGGGCAAUUAGCAGCCAUAUCAAAGCCAACCUUUUUGAUUUCCAUGCAUUUAUAUUUUUUUCUUUAGAAUUAUAGUCUCCUCUCUCCCAAUAAUUGAAAAAAGGAUGAGGAUACUUUACAGAUGCACUCAGUCACUGUCAAUUUAGUAACUUUUAAAAACCUUAUAUAAAUUAAAAGUUCAACUGUUUGUAGUGCCCUAGAGGAAACACUAGUAAAAAAUCUGCCAAGUCCUUUGUUUUGUAGACUGUCUAGAGGGACCAAGACCUUGUUCAAACUAUGAUCAGAAUGUUUAUGGUUGUAUUAGUGCAGGCUUGAGAACUGUGAAUUAAGUGUAUACAGUGAAUUUGGGAUGUUACAAAGUUAUCAGAUACAGUUGAGCUGUUCCAUUUCAGGAGUUUCCGGUCUGUGUGACCAUUUUACAAUACUGAAGGGAAAAAAGUUUAAACCUUUUUUUUUUUCUUUUUUAGUUAAAAUUUCGAAGGCUGUGCUUAAACACUUGACUUAGAGGUAAACCUAUUGUGUGACCCAUUACAGACUGCAGCCUCUAUUACUUCAAAAAUCUGUUUUGUGUUCUCUGGCAUCUUAAGAAUAUUUCCUCUGUAAAUACACCUCAUUUCCAUUCUAGUUAGGAGUAACGGACCCCGGCAUGGCAAACAGUUGAAGAGCGGAGAAAACUGGAUAGCUGAUACUACAGAUAGUUGUUGGACCACCUCCAGUCCAGCCAUCCAAACCAGUAAUUCCAUUGCUGCAUUAUUUGUGUUAACUGUGAAAUUGGCUUCUUGUCUGUACCCUUGAAGUUGAAUAAAAUUUCAUGAGAUUCCUUGUUAA